GCACCCACUUCCUCCACCUCCGGGCUCUUCGGCUACCAAGGCCUUGACACCCUCUGGCUCGGCCAAGUCACCGACUAAGAAGGGCACCUCUUCUACAUCCAAAAGACCCCGCACCUCCUCUUUCGAGAGAGAUCAUUCUGCAAAGCGGCGUCACCAGGAUGAGCGGGACCCUCUUGCGACCCCCCGCACAGAGGUGCCACAUAGUCGCUCAGAUCCCGGUCAGGAGCGCGAAGACACCAACCGGAGAUCACCGGGCGCCGAGGAUCGACCAUCGGACCCUCGAUUGGCAUCACGGGCUUCUAGAAAUUUGCUUUCUAAGCCUCUCCAAUCUGAUGACCGCCGCUCCGACCAUCGCUUUGAAUCGCCACUGAGGCCCCGGGCCACAUUCCCAGAUCCGGCGUCUCCUAUCAGUUCUAGGGAUGACCGUCGUUCACUCACUCCUAUGCCGACCCGUACUCGUCGCGUGGCUUCUCCAUCGCCAUCUCGAGACAGGGAGCCGGAGUACUACUAUGAUACAGAGACAGACAGAUAUUACAGGCUGGUCCCCCGAGGUGAUGAGGACUCUCUUUUUCAGCCCCGAGACCGGAGACCCAAACCAAGGGCUGUUUCCAGACCCUCCAGGGCAUCAACUUUCUCACCUCGCCGGGUGGAGCCCUCUUCCAAUCUGGAAGUUGUAGAACUCGAAUCAGACGAUGAAACAUCAUCCCGAGCCCGUUAUCGGCCCAGAGGCGACUCACUAUCCUCCAGAGAUGACGACUAUCAAUCCAUCUCUCAGGACUUCGCCCAGCCCGGGGCAGUUUCACCAUCAGAUGACGUCCGGACCUUCGCAGAGCACGUCAUAAAGAUGUCUAAUGCUCUUGACAUUAAGACCUCCCAGGUGGAAGAUGAGGCAUCUGAUCCAAUUGAGAGGCGUGUCCACGGCAAACUACCAACCCCACCGGCGAUUCCUCUCCUUCCUUCGCUGGAAAAGUUGGCCAGGCGUUCCUGGGAAGCUCCCUCAUCGACGUCAUCCAACAACAGGAAGGUUGAGUCUCUUUACAGGAUUUCUCCAACCACUCCGUCGUGGCUCUUCGGACAUCCUAAACAAAAUUCAGCCAUUGUAGAGGGGUCCCAGCGUGCAUCGACUCCGAAGGCCUCCCUCAUGCCUUCAGACAGAGAGGCAAAAAAGAUUGAUGCGCUAGCCAAAAAGGCCUACUUCUCGUCAGCUCUGGGCAUGCGAGUCGCGAACUACAACGCAUGCAUGGGGGCCUAUAUCCAAUGGCUAAUGGAGAAGAUCUCCCCCCUGGUACCAGAUCUACCAGAUGACUCUCAGGCAAUCCUCGCUGAGGUUCGCGAUGAGGCCCAUUCAAUCGGAAGUUGGAUCAUUACUUCGGCCAGACAUGCUACCGACUGCUCCGCAAAAUCGAUGGCGGCCGCCAUAGCACUCCGUAGACAUGCUUGGCUAAGGUCGUCGGACCUGAACCAGAACGCCCGUACGACCAUCGAGGACAUGCCGUUCGACGAAGAAGGCCUCUUCCAUCGCGAGACCGAUGAGAAACUCAACUUUAAAUAUAGAAUGAGAACCGCUGCAAAAAAGCACGCAAGACCUGUGGUUUGCAACCAUCGACCUAAAGGACGCCUACUUCCAUGUCAGCAUUCGGGAGUCCCACCGCAGAUUCUUGGCCUUCGCCGUCGGGACGGAUGUCUACAGAUACAACGUCCUCCCCUUCGGCCUGUCUACAGCGCCUCGUACCUUCACCAA